AACAAGCGGAUCCCAGCAGAGCAAACAACGUUGCAGCAGGGAGUGGUUUCCUUACCCCCACCCUGUUUGUUCCCUUUGCUCUCCAAAAAGUUACAAACUGGCUUUCCUUCCUGAUAAACCAAGGCUUCCUCACUGAUUGGUCUCAGUUUGGGAAAGGACGUGACAUCAGCAACUUUGCAGACUUGGGGCUGGGGGGCCGUUGUGAGCUUUGGCCAACCUCCAGGCAGCUAGGUGGAGCAUGUGUGUGCAUGCGUGUGUGUGUGUGUGUGUGUGUGUGUCUGGGCGCGUGCGUCUGACCACAGGUAGUGCUCAGAUUACCCCGCCUGUUCUGUUCUCUGCUGUUCUCUACCGUCUGACCAGGACGGUGAGGCUCAGCCAGCCCCAGCACUGGAAUUCCCAGGAGCAGGGGGGGCAUGGAAUUUGGACUCUCCUGAGCAACUGAAGUGGAGCACAGAGCUUGCCCGGCCCAGGAGGGCACCAUGGACGGUGAACCACGGGGCAGGAACAGCAAGUUCCUGAGGCCAGGGGACCCUCCUGACACCAGGCUCCUCUCAAACCCGUGGAUGGGGGAUGUUGUGUCUGAUUGGUCUCCUGUGCAUGAAGCUGCCAUCCAUGGACGUCUGCUCUCUCUGAGGAACCUCAUCAGCCAGGGGUGGCCUGUGAACCUCAUCACCGCAGAUCGUGUGUCCCCACUCCACGAGGCCUGUCUCGGAGGUCAUCCCUCUUGUGCAAACAUUUUAUUAAAGCAUGGAGCUCAGGUGAAUGGUGUCACUACUGACUGGCACACCCCGUUGUUUAAUGCGUGUGUCAGCGGCAGCCAGGACUGUGUGAAUUUGCUUCUGCAACAUGGGGCCAGCCCCCACCCGGCGAGUGAUCUGGCGUCCCCCAUCCAUGAAGCAGCUAAGAGAGGCCAUGUGGCGUGUGUGGAGACCCUUGCGGCUCACGGGGGCGACGUGGACCAUGACAUUGGCCACCUGGGCACGCCGCUCUAUUUGGCUUGUGAAAACCAGCAGGUGGCUUGUGCCAAGAAGCUUCUUGAGUCAGGAGCCAGCGUGAACCAAGGCCGAGGUCUGGACUCCCCUCUUCAUGCAGUGGCCAGAGCGUCCUGUGGAGACCUGGCACUGCUGCUCAUGGACUUCGGAGCGGACACCCAGGCCAAGAACGCCGAAGGCAAACGUCCCUCGGAGUUGGUGCCUCCAGAGAGCCCCCUGAUGCAGCUCUUCUUGCAGAGAGAAGGUGCUUCUCCUUUGCCCGAACCUAAGCCCUAAUCCAUAGUGACUCCUGUGGGCUCUCGCAGGAGGCAGGGCCCCCUUCUUUGCUGCAGCUCUGCCGCCUUAGGAUCCGGAAGUGCUUCAGGACCCAGCAGCAUCACAAGAUCAAUGGGCUUGUCCUCCCCGAGGAGCUGAAACGGUUUCUCCUUCACAUGUAAAUGUGUCAAGGGACUGGCAUCACAAACAACCCACCCCGAGUUGUGGCCGCUGGCAUUUUGAAAUAAAGUCAGGUUCAUAGAGCUUC